AUUACGUUUUGCUGUGCGAUCCAGAUCACAAGCAAAAAUCUAGGCUAUUCAAGAAUUUUACAUUUAAUUGAAAUCUUUUUUCAAAUAUGGGUUCUCGACAUUCAAGCUCAAUGUCAAGACAUCGCCGUCAGCAUUUUCAUCGUCACAGAGAAAGCUGCGGUUCCAGAGACAACGAAAGGCAUAGGAGGCGAUACAGACGAUCACCUUCCUUUUCAUGAUCCCGCUCCCGCUCUCGUUCAGUCAGUGACACAUCUUUUUCAUCAAGAUACACUCGAUCCAAUAGUGAAUUAUCGGAGUUGUCUGUGUACUCAACGUACUCGGAAUGUUCAUAUGCGUCGCUAAGGGAUCGUCAUCGAGAUACGCAUAAAAGAAGGUAAGAUCUUCCCGGAAAAGAAGGAAAACGACACAAGGCCGAUGAUGCGCGUUAUCCAAGAGGAACGUCUUCUCGCAGGCGAAAAAAUUCAAAUCCUCGCACUGACCAUCAAAAUGCGCACAGAGAUAUUGUAGCGCGUAACCUGCGUGACGACAAAAAAGAUAAAGAAGAUGCACCUGACAAUGUCAACAAAGAUCUAGACACAGAAACAUUAAAACUUCUUGGCGAUGACGGAUUGAAAGAGGUUACAGAACCAGAAAUUCAUGAAGCUUUAGCUACUCGAUAUAGUGAGAUUUUGUCAAGAGGCAUGGAUAAGGAUUGGAGAACUAGUCUGCUCAAAAAAUAUUUGAUUCCGUCCAACUGCUCGCUAUUAAACGCACCGCAAUUAAAUGCUGAAGUAAAAAGCGUCAUAUCCAGCAUAGCGCUUAAAAAAGACAACUACAACGAAACAAGACAGCAACAGCUUGGAGCCGGCAUCACCGCGAUAGCAAAAGCCUUAACUGCUUUGCUGAAUAGUGAAGAAGACGGAAAAAGUGCUAACCUCAAAGCACUGUUGAUUGAGCAUCUAGGAGACGGGAAAAAUGAACACACGCUACGAUUCGGGCAAAUCUUACGGGCGAUCUGCUGGCACCAAUUUAAACUCCAAAGCCCCUCCCAAGAAGUAUACGAGGACACAUCGCUUGGGAGGGAAUCAGAAGUACCAGCAACAGAAAACUCACCGUUAAACCUAAAUCGCAUCGCAGAGCGAUUGAGUUUUUUCUUGGAAUCGUGGAAAUCAAUCACGAAUGAUGAUGUGAUUCUUGGCUAUGUAAAAGGUUAUAAAAUACCUAUAGGACGUGAAUUGAUUCAAACUUGCGUUCCGAAAAUGCCAAAAUUUUCAUUCACAGAAUUCGAACAUUGUAAAAAAGCUAUUGGAAAGCUCUUGGUAAAAGGCGCGAUAAGCAAAUGUUCACAACUUAAAAAUCAGUUUCUCUCUCCGUAUUUUUUGCGUGACAAACCAGACGGAAGCAAACGUUUCAUUUUAAAUCUUAAAGGCUUAAAUUUAUACAUAAAACAUUUUAAAAUGCAAGAUAAGAAAACUGUUAUGUUAUUGUUGGAGAAAAAUGAUUUUAUGACAACUAUAGAUUUACUUCUUCUUGAUUUCGGUUGACAAAGAUAGUCGCAAAUAUUUAAGAUUUAUUUUUGAUGAAAUUUUAUAUGAAUUUAAUUGCUUACCUUUCGGUCUCAAUGUAUCGCCUUACAUUUUUACAAAACUUCUGAAACCAGUAGCUCAAGUCCUUUGGUCAGGAGGAUUAAAAUCAGUGUUUUAUUUAGAUGAUAUUAUUCUGAUUGGAAAAUCCAAACACGAAUGUGAAAUAAAUGUUCAGAAAACGAAAAAACUUUUAGAGUUAGGUUAUAUACUCAACAAAGAUAAAUGCCACUUAAAACUUUCACAAGUUUGUGAUUAUUUAGGUUUUACGUUCGAUUCGAAAAACUAUCGUACUUCAUUGACGAAUAAAAACGCGAGAAACUGCUACAGCUAGCUAGCUCUUACAAAUUGAAAAAGAAAUGUAAAAUUAGAUAAUGGGCACAAUUUAUUGGUUCGUUGGUAGCUGCUAGCCCUGCUAUUAAAUACAGCCCUUUAUACAUAAAUCAAUUCGAACGAUGCAAAUAUUUAAGUAUGAUCAAUGCACACGAUAAUUACGAUGACAAUUUAUACUUAAACAAAGAUAUUUACAACGAUAUUGAUUGGUGGAUAAAAAGUUACCGUUAGCUACGAACAAUAUAAAUAACAAAAAUUAUGCUAUUGAAAUUUUUAGUGAUGCGUCUUCAACUGGCUGGGGCAUAUUUUGUAAUCACAAAAAAUCUCGCGAAUUUUGGGACGAAAACGAUAAAAGCAAUCACACCAAUUAUUUUGAAUUAAAAGCUGUUUUUUACGGGUUACAAUGCUUUGUAAAAAACUUACGUUCUUGUAGAAUUUUAUUAGGUAUAGAUAAUACAACCCCUAUCAGCUAUAUCAAUAAAUUCGGAAGUGUUCAAUUCCCAAAAGUAUCUAAAUUAGCUAGAGAAAUAUGGCAGUGGUGUGAAAAAAGAGAUUUAUAUUUGUUCGCAUCAUAUAUCAAAUCAUCGGAUAAUAUAGAAGCCGACGAGCAAUCAAGAAUAAUAUCUGCAGAAACAGAAUGGGAAAUUGCAAAUUACGCAUUUGAGAAAAUCUUAGUAACCUUUGGACCUUUCGAUAUCGAUUUAUUCGCUUCAAGCAUCAAUGCUAAAUGCAAAAGGUUUUACUCGUGGCUGCCUGACCCUAAAGCAGAAGCAGUGGACGCAUUCACUGUAUCAUGGGAAAAACUUUAUUUUUACGCUUUUCCGCCUUUUUCAUUAAUUUUGAAAAUUUUAAGGAAAAUAAAAAACGACCGCGCUACAGGGGUUUUAUUAGUAGCAUAUUGGCCUACUCAAGCAUGGUUUCCAUUAUUUAGUGAAACGAGAAUUUCAGAAUUGAUACAUUUUAAACCAAAUAUAAAUUUAAUUUCA